CGGAUCAUCCCCUUCUCCUGCGGGCCAGGGCAGGGAAAUGGCUGGAGCGGAGCCAGCUCAGGCUCUCACCUACCCAGGAGCUAGGUUGCUUUUGUUAUCCACAUGAGGAAACUGAAGGACGGGGAUGUGAUGUAACUUUGCAGCUGUGUUGCCCCGUUCUGCUCUAACCACUAGGCAACACCCCUGAUUCCCAUAGUCUCUCUGCGCUGCUGUUCCCUGUAAUGCGGAUGGGAUGAGGGCCAUGGGUGUACGGAGUCGGAAGGGCCAGCAGGUCAAGACAAGGCUGGAUUUGAUCUCGCAGCAUCAGAAGCAUUCCCCACAGCUCUCUGAUCUGACUUUCCUUACAUUGCAAAAUGAUUGCCAGGACCUGCAACUGGAUGACCGGGGAUGGAUCACUUGAUAGUUGCCUUGUUCUGUUUAUUCCCUUUGAAGCAUUGGCACCAGUUGGGAGACAGGAGACUGGGCUAGAGGGACCAUUGGUCUGACCCAGGAUGGCCAUUCUUAUGUCCGGAGCAGCAAGGAAGAGGCAAAUCUAGGUGUGAUGACAGAGCAGGUGUGCGUGGAGCAGCCUGGAAUGAAGGACCAGUUUGGAUGCAAAUAUAACCUAGGGGGUUAUGGGAACUGUCAGGACAUAAUGUAUUGGGGAAUGGAGCAGACACACCAGUCUGGGUCCCCUGAGGCUGAACUGGUAGGAUUGUGGCUGAGGUAGAAAGUGCUGAGUGGCAAAUGCCUGUUGUUUCAGGGACCGGUGACCUUCAAGGAAGUGGCUUUGUAUUUCACUGACCCCAGUCAGAGAGCCCUCUACAGGGACGCCAUGCAGGAGCACUAUGCAAACAGGACCUCACAGGGAUCUCUGAUUCCCAAACCCAACGCUGUCUCCUGGCGGCAACAAGAGAAAGAACCAUGGGUCCCAGAUCUCCAAGGCUCUGGGGAAAGGGAGAACCCAAGAGGAGACUGCCCAGUGCAGGGAAUUGACUCCUGUCCAGAUCAUCCCACUUGCCUCGGGGAAAUAUUUAGGACCCGCAAAGACUCCCUGUUGCGCAAGGGGCCGCAUCCCAGGGAGAGACUGAACACGUGCAAAGACUGCGGGAAGAGCUUCCGUCAGCGGUCCAACCUCCUGGCGCAUCAGAGGACCCAUGGGGGAAAGAGACCCCACCCGUGUACCGACUGUGGCAAAACCUUUGGUGCCUUCUCCAACCUCCUGCGGCACCAGCGCGGGCACGCCGGUGAGAAGCCCUACAAAUGCCCUGACUGCGGGAAAGGCUUCGGGCACAGCUCGGCCUUAAUCACCCACCGGCGGAUCCACACUGGAGAGAAACCCUACGCCUGCGGGGACUGCGGGAAGCGCUUCAACGUAGUCUCCAACCUGGUGCGUCACCAGCGGAGCCACACGGGCGAGAAGCCCUACAAGUGCCCUGACUGCGGGCGGCGCUGCAGCCAGCGCUCCCACCUGGUCACCCACCGGCGGCUGCACACCGGUGAGCGUCCCUACGUCUGCCUGGAGUGCGGGAAGUGCUUCAACGUCAGCUCGGACCUCAUCAAGCACCGGCGCAUCCACACCGGGGAGCGGCCCUACGCCUGCAGUGACUGCGGGAAAUGCUUCAGCGGCAGCUCCAACCUGCUGACCCACCAGCGGCUGCACACGGGCGAGCGGCCCUACAAGUGCCCCGACUGCGGGAAAGGCUUCACUAUCAGCUCCAAGCUGAUUGCCCACCAGCGCACUCACACCGGUGAGCGGCCUUACAGCUGCGCUGACUGCGGGAAGGGCUUCAGUGACCGGCCCCACCUGGCCCGGCACCAGAGCGCCUCCCGGCGCGAAAAGCGCUACAAGUGCUCUGACUGCGGGAAGGGCUUCACCACUAGCUCCUAUCUUCUCACCCACCAGCGCAGCCACACCGGGGAGACCCCCUUCAUCUGCGGAGACUGCGGGAAGAGCUUCGCCGUGGUCUCCAACUUGGUGCGGCACCGACGCAUCCACACGGGGGAGAAGCCCUUCCGGUGCGGGGAGUGUGGGCGGCAGUACAGCCAGCGAGCCCACCUCACCACCCACCAGAGGGUGCACACUGGGGAGAGGCCCUACGUCUGUCUGGACUGUGGGAAAGGCUUCAACGUCAACUCCUCCCUCACCAAGCACCGCAGGACCCACACCGGAGAGAAACCGUACGUCUGCCCCGACUGCGGGAAACGCUUCAGCCAGAGCUCCAAUGUCAUCACCCACCGCAGGCUGCACCAUGGGGGGCACGGGGCCCUUGAUGCUGCAGCUAGGGCCAGCCAGCGGGAGUGAUCCCCUGCCAGCCUCUCUGGGCCAGGACAUGGCCGCAGCUGACCCUUGGGCUUUGUGAGAAAGAGUCUUUGCUGCCGCUGCUGCAGAUCCAGCUGUCUAGAGACCCUGAACCUUCUGCUGAUCUGAUGGGGAGGCUGGAGAGAGAAAAGCAAAACUCAUCCUCCCCUGGAGGAGGAGUGUGUGUAAGAACCCACUUCCAUCAGUGCUUCCAUCACCCUGGAGUGGAUGACUCCUCUGUUCCCCAUGGCACCUGCCUGCUCUGUGCCCUGAGGUUGGGGGAGCAGAGACCUCCCUUCUCUUCAGACACCUUUGCUUAGUUUCCUGGUUCCGUGCCAUGUCCGGGUCACUUCCUGUCCCAUGGGAAUAAAAAAGUUCCCUCCCUGAAA